GCGGUCGUUUUCUGUGCACGAGUCGCCAAGACUGUCAGACACGGAGCAACUCUGCCAUCAGCGAGGCUCGUCUUGGUUAGCUUCUCGCAACGCCUGCGACGUCGCAGCGGCACUUUUGGGACUUUCGGGGAGAGUCGGAUCGUGAAGAGUCACAACCACCGCGAGAUUCCGGGGGACGAACCCCCACGACGACUCUGUUUCGUUGUAUAUAUUGCAGCAUUCUUUUCAGUGUUCUGACCCUCGAAACACCAAACAUCCCGCUCAAGACAUCUGUUGUGUAUUAUUCUCCUCCGAUACUCCUCAAGAUGGCCAUCUUCUCCAGCCCCGUCGAUGGCGCCAGCCUCUUCUACCGCUACUAUGUCCCCUCCUCUACCCCACAUAGACCCGGCGCCUCCCUCGACCGCCAACCGCUGACCCUGGUCUUCUUGCAUGGCUGGCCCAUGUCGUCGCGCAUGUACGACCAGCUGAUCGUGCCCCUCGUCGAGACGCACCGCUUCCCCGUCAUCGCCCCGGACCGCCGCGGCUUCGGCGACAGCCACUGGAGCACCCCGACGACGGGCGAGGUGACCUUCGACACCUUCGUCAAGGACGUCGUCGGCCUGCUCGAGCACCUGCUCGGCAGCAACCCGACGCCCUUCGUCUUUGUCGGCGCCAGCAUGGGCGGCACCGAGUCCGUGCUGGCCCGCAAGGCCAGCCCGCUCCUGAGGGCGAACUGCAAGGGCUUCGUGUGGAUCGGGCCCAACAUGCCGUACUCGAUGGCGUGCGACGAGUGCCCCGCCGCCCCGGCCCCGGCCGUCUGGGACUCGCUGAUCCAGAGCUUCCGCGGCGCCGGCGGCAAGAACUUCAUCGCCGAGGCCAUCCCGGGCGUCUUCCGCGUCGACCUGGGGAACCACGUGGGCGAGCGCACCCUGCAGUUCUAUGAGCGGCUCGUGUGCCAGGCGGACCCCGUCGCGCUGGAGCGGACGGCUGUCAUCCUCAGCAAGCCCAUGGCUGCGGAGCUCAGGGAACUGGCUGCCGAGGACGAGCGCGACAGGGUGCCCGUGUUGAUCCUCCACGGCGACUCGGACUCGGGCAUGCCGCUGGAGACGAGUUCCGCGCUGAUCCACGAGAUUCUGCCGUGGUCCCAGCUCAAGGUCUACAAGAACGCGGGACAUGGACUUUACUUGACUCACGACCUGCAGGUACUGGAUGACAUACUUGCCUUCCUCGAACCCAUCGUUGCCAGCCAACGAAAAUAGGGGAGUGAAUAUUGAAUUGAAUUGAGAUAACGGCAUGAAUGUAACAUAGUGUAACGCAGAAGACGUCACUGCUCGGUCAAGGAGAUGGGAGGACAGAGGGAUUGGUUGGGGGCCACGAGUGUCGAGAAGCUCCGCUCACGUUGUAUUGCAGGCAAACCAACAAACCUGCGCGAGUCAAUAGAAGAGAUGAAUGAAACGCUCCAGUUCCCCCCCUCAUGAGCGAAUGCUCCUCGUUCUCCUGAUUUGUGGAUAUACGGCAGUGCGAGAGAAAAGGAACUUUGCCAGGUUUAUGUACGCGUAAACAACAAAUGAUCGCCAUCGAAA